UCAUUGUUGUCUUUGCUAUUCACUUCGCUUUAAUUUUAUUUUUAUUAUCAAGUUGUAACUUCAUGAUAAAAAUGACUAUUUUAGUCUAAACGUAGUAUUUAUAGCAACCGAUCAUAAUUAAACCAAUUAAUUUUAAUACUAGUGUUUAGUAAUUUGUUACAAGGUUGUAGUAAUCGAGAAAUAUGGAGUCCUGCCUUGGUGUUGAACAGGAUUUGGACAAAGCUAUUUCAAAAUUUAAUGCUAUAAAUGAUCACACUGAUAUAGUUCUGCAGGAUAUUAUAGAACAAGUCCAGAAUUUAAAGAAAGAAAUUGCUCAAAAUCCUCCAGACACACCAUUAUCUCAGACUCAAGCGAUGGUGGUCAGUGAUUUGGCUGCUCGUGUCAAACAAACCGUAUUUCAGAUGUCCACAGAACAUAGAGAGUUGCAUGCCACAGUGUCACGAGUGGGCAAAUCAAUUGAUAAACACUUCAUAGCCGACUAUGGAUCAGUCGCUCCUAAAGCAGAGUUGUUUUGCUCAGAUAUAAACAGACCUAUUAUGGAACAGGCCAUAGCCCAACACAUAUAUCGACAGGGUCUGGAGGAGGUGGGAGACGCGGUGGUGGCGGAGAGCGGGGUGACGGGCGUGGAGCGGUCGUGCGAAUUCGCAGCGCUGCAGCGAUGCGCGGUAGCGCUAGCGGCCGGCGAUCCGGGGCCGGCGCUGCAGUGGGCGGAGCAGCACGCAGCUCGACUGGAGCACUCGCCGCUGCCGUUCACGCUGCACCGCAUGCAAGCGCUGCGGCUGGCGCGCUCCGAAGGUGUGCGCGCGGCCAUAGAGUACGCGCGCGAGCAGUUUCCACGACACGCGGCGCGCCACGAGCGGCAGCUGCAGGCGGCAGUGUGCGCGCUGGCGUGGGUGCGGGCGGGUGCGGGCCCGGCGCCUCGGGCCUACCGCCGUCUACUCGCGCCGGCCGCGCUCGGAGCGGAGGCCGCGGAGCUGUUCGUGCGGGAGGCGUGUGCGCUGCUGCGACUGGCGCCGCUGUCGCCGCUGGCGGGCGCGGUGCUGGCGGGCGCGCGCGUGCUGCCCGCGCUACAUGAUAUCCGCGCCAAGAUGACGCAUCCGCACGUCGUCGCCGCCUGGUCCGACGACGAGUUGCCGCUAGAGGUGGACCUGGGCGAGGACGGCGGUGGCUACCACUCGGUAUUCGCAUGCCCCAUACUGCGGCAGCAGGCCUCCGAGCAGAACCCGCCCAUGCGGCUGCUCUGUGGACACGUCAUCUCGCGGGACGCGCUCAACAAACUCGCCAUGGGUGCCAAACUGAAAUGCCCCUACUGCCCUAUGGAACAAGCACCCGCAGAGGCCAGACAGAUAUAUUUUUCUUAAAACUCCAUCUCACUAGACUAGCUACAUCAUUUUUAUAAAAAGUGUAUUGUAGCGCCAAACACAACUAAAUGGACAAUGAAAUUAAACUGAUAUGCAUAUAGUUCUUAAAUACGCUAUUCUUGUAAUAUUAAGAUAAAAAAAAUAUAUCGUUGUAUAUUUAAUACGGACUGUAGAAACAAUCUUUGUUCUUUUU